AUGGCCGUGCGCGUGCAGCUAUCGAGUUCUCGGUUUUCCGGUGACGAACAACUCCAUGUUCAUGUGUUAGAACAACUCCAUGUUCAUGUGUUAGAACAACUCCAUGUUCAUGUGUUAGAACAACUCCAUGUCCAUGUGUUAGAACAACUCCAUGUUCAUGUGUUAGAACAACUCCAUGUCCAUGUGUUAGAACAACUCCAUGUUCAUGUGUUAGAACAACUCCAUGUUCAUGUGUUAGAACAACUCCAUGUCCAUGUGUUAGAACAACUCCUUGUCCAUGUGUUAGAACAACUCCAUGUUCAUAUGUUAGAACAACUCCAUGUUCAUGUAUUAGAACAACUCCAUGUCCAUGUGUUAGAACAACUCCAUGUUCAUGUGUUAGAACAACUCCAUGUUUAUGUGUUAGAACAACUCCAUGUUCAUGUGUUAGAACAACUCCAUGUUCAUGUGUUAGAACAACUCCAUGUUCAUGUAUUAGAACAACUCCAUGUCCAUGUGUUAGAACAACUCCAUGUCCAUGUGUUAGAACAACUCCAUGUCCAUGUGUUAGAACAACUCCAUGUCCAUGUGUUAGAACAACUCCAUGUCCAUGUGUUAGAACAACUCCAUGUCCAUGUGUUAGAACAACUCCAUGUCCAUGUGUUAGAACAACUCCAUGUUCAUGUGUUAGAACAACUCCAUGUUCAUGUGUUCAUGUGUUAG